UCUCCCUGUUCACUGGCUCACACGCGAGCGGCGCGCGACCGAGGAGAGAUCGUCGAACAGUGUUGCUUCUCGCUGGGAGCUGUCCAUACACGACCACGCUGCACGGACCGGCGUUGCCCCGCACCGUUACUGGGAGUUAACGUUUGGAUUGCUGGAAGCGCUCACUUGCACUUCUUUUUUUUUAUUUUUGACGUGGGUGGAUUAUUUCUUUUUCUGGAUUCUCCACGCGUGGACACACACAGGAGAAGACCAAUGGCGAUGGCCAAAUGGUGGUCAGUGGCCAUUUUACUGGCAGCAUUAGCAGCUUUCUACGCAGAGGGGAGGCCCAACGAUGACGAGGGAUACGGGUCGCAGCAUUAUCGGCCAGUCUUGAGAUUCCGACAUAAGGAUGGAAUCCCCGAGAGCUUAAAGAUGAAGGGUUUGAUGGCCCACCACGGUGACCCGCAUCCAUGCGAGCACAAGUACUGUGGUCUGGGCCGUCGCUGUACCGUCAACCCGCAGACGGGCCAAGGGGAAUGUAACUGUUUGAAUCACUGCAAACCUCACUACAAGCCCGUGUGCGGGUCCGAUGGGAAACUUUACCCCAACCACUGCGAGCUGCACCGCACUUCCUGCUCGGAACAUCGCAGGAUUACCAUCGUUCAUGGCGAAGAGUGUCUCUACAAAGGUGACAGCUGCAGAAUGAGCGACUACCGGCGCCUCAAGGCCAAGGUCUUGGAGGUGUACGCCAAAAGACACAUGGUGACAAAGGUGACACGUGAGGCCCACGAGGACAAUAUGGCCGCCAGGAAGCAGCUGGUCGACGCUAUGUUCCGAGGUUUCGAUGCAGACAACAAUGGGCAAAUCUCAACAAGCGAACUUUCACAGGUGAUCAAGCACCAGGGUCUGCCCAAGGACGUUGGCGAGUGUACGUUGUUGGAUCUCCUCAAGUACAACGAUGUCGAUGAUGACCACCGCCUGACCAGGGAGGAAUUGUACACUGCCUUCGAUGUGUACCUGCUGGAUCUCCCGGACCACCAGAGGGUGACGGUGAAGACUGUGACGGUGGGCCAAAGCGCAGUGCUGACCUGCGCCAUCACGGGCCAGCGCCGCCCGCCCAUCCUGUGGAAAAGGAACAAUCAGUAUCUUAACGCCUUGAACCUGAAUGACAUUAACGACUUUGGCGACGACGGCUCCUUGUACUUCACCAAGAUUAGCCCCACCCACAUGGGCAAUUACACCUGCCACGCCGACGGCUACGAGAAACUCUUCCAGACGCACGCUCUCCACGUGGAUGUUCCGCCCGUCAUCCGGGUGCACCCGGAGAGCCAAGCCAGGGAGCCGGGCGUCACCGCCAGCCUACGAUGCCACGCUGAGGGCAUCCCCCGCCCCCAACUGACCUGGCUCAAGAACGGCAUGGACAUCACACCCAAGCUAUCCAAGCAACUCACUCUGCAAGCUAACGGCAGCGAGGUGCACAUCAGCAACGUGCGCUUUGAGGACACCGGCGCUUACACCUGCAUCGCCAGAAACCAGGCAGGAGUGGAUGAGGACAUCUCCUCGCUCUUUGUGGAAGACUCGGCGCGCAAAACCUUGGCCAACAUCCUGUGGCGGGAUGAAGGUCUUGGUAUCGGAAACAUGUUCUACGUCUUCUACCGGGACGGCAUUAAAGUCAUCCAGCCGGUGGCUUGCGAGAUACAGAGGCACAUCAAGCCCAGCGAGAAGCUGCUGGCUCUUAAGGAGGAAGUGUGUCCCGCCUCAGAAGAGGACGAGGCGCAGAAGUGUGUAUGGUCGGCGGCGGUCAACGUCAAGGACAAAUUCAUUUAUGCUGCGCAGCCCACGUUGGAUCGCUUGCUCAUCGUGGAUGUCCAAUCACAGAAAGCUGUCCAGACGGUCAGCACUGAUCCAUAUCCCGUCAAGCUACAUUAUGACAAGUCUCGUGACCAGGUGUGGAUCCUCAGCUGGGGGGACAGGCAGAAGAGCUUUCCGACCCUGCAGGUGAUCGGUGAGGCGAGCGUGAGGGUAUCUCACCACACGGUGCACACGCAGCCGGUGGGUGGACGCUUCGACAGGGCGGACGACUUUUUCAUCCCCUCCACCAACCUAAUCGUGGACAGCGUAAGAUUUGGCCUCAUCUUUCACCGAAAUGAGCCUGUCCUGCACAAGAUCGACUUGGAGACGAUGGCCUAUGUGAAGAACAUCAGCCUGCGGGACGUUAACUGCAUCCCCAAGUCGGCGGCUUACACCCACUUGGGCGGCUACUACUUUGUCAAUUGCCGCCCAGACUCCACGGGCGCCACGCAGCCGCAGGUCAUCGUAGACAGCGUGACGGACGGCGUGGUGGGCCAGAACCGCGACGUCACCGGAACGCCCCACGUGUCCCCGGACGGCCGCUACCUCGUGACCGUGGACGACGGCGACGGCCUCAUGCGCAUCCAGACCGUCUCGGAGCGAGGCCAGAUCGGGGAGCCCUUUGACAUCCACACCAACCUGCACAUCUCCGACCUGGCCUUCCAGCGCUCCUUCACCGAGGCCCACCAGUAUAACGUGUUCGGAAGCUCCGGGCGCCAGACCGACGUGCUGUUCGUGGAGCUGCACAGCGGCAAGGUGAAGAUGAUCAAGAGCUUGAAAGAGGCCAUCAAGCCGUACGAAUGGCUGUGGAGCGCCAGUAACCGGGCGGUGGUGGGCGGCGGCACCUUCGGCCAGUACCUCAUGACCCCCUCCCGGGAGUCCCUGUUCAUCCUGGACGGGCGGCUCAACAAGCUCAACUGCGAGAUCACCGACGUGGUCCAAGGCAAUGUGUUGGCGUGGGUCGGGGAGUCUUAGUCCACUUCCGGUACUGCUGCACUGAAUUUUGUGGGAGAGUAACAUAUUUGAAAAUGCUAAUUGACCGUGCUGAGCUCCACACCACGAUAAAUCCAAAAGUAAUUGGAGUCCCAAAAAUAUAUUUCACUGGCCAAAAAGUUUUGACAAUUUUUUUUUCAUUUCUGGAUGAUUUUUU